AUGAAUGAUAUAUUACUUAUGCAAGAAGAAUUAGUUGCAAUUCGUCAAGAUAUUCAUGCUCAUCCAGAAAUGGCCAUGGAAGAAGUACGAACAUCAACUCUUGUUGCUUCGAAACUCAAACAAUGGGGUUUAACAGUUACAGAAGGUGUUGGUCAAUUCGGUGUUGUUGGAACAUUGAAAAGUCUUCAAUCGGGUAAUCGUUCUAUUGGUCUUCGUGCUGAUAUGGAUGCCUUACAACUUAUUGAAAAAUGUAAUGUACCAUAUAUUUCAACAAAACCUGGUACAAUGCAUGCUUGUGGUCAUGAUGGACAUACGACUAUGUUACUUGGUGCUGCAAAAUAUUUAGCUGAACAUCGAGAUUCAUUUUGUGGAAAUGUUCAGUUUAUUUUUCAACCAGCCGAAGAAAGACUUCAAGGUGCAAUUGCUAUGAUUAAUGAUGGUCUAUUCGAACGAUUUCCUGUUGAUGCUAUCUAUGGCUUGCAUAACUAUUCAGGACAAUUAGGAACAUUUGCUAUACGAUCAGGUCCUUUGAUGGCAGCAUCCGAUCGUUGGUUUGUUACAUUUCGAGGUACUGGUGGACAUGGUGGAGCUGCACCACAUCUUGCAACUGAUGUUACUAUAUUACAAGCACAAUUUAUUAUGGCAUUACAAACUAUUGUUAGUCGAAAUAUUAAUGCAGCUGAUCUAGCAGUAAUCAGUGUUGGUGCUAUUCAAGGUGGUUCAUUUGUAUCACUUAGUGUCAUGCCAUCGGAAAUACGUAUUGGAGGUACGACACGAACUUUUACGGAAUCUGUUCGUGAUCUUAUUGAACGACGUAUUAAUGAAUUAGCAAAUAAUCUAGCGAUGACUUUUGGAUGUACGGCACAUGUAGAAUAUAAUCGAACUGGAACUGCACUUAUUAAUCAUAAUGAACAAACACAACGAGCAAUUAAAGCUGCUGAAUCAGUUGCCGGUACGACAAAUGUCAAUAAGAAUACAGAACCUUUUAUGGGUAGUGAAGAUUUUGCUUUCAUGCUUUUAAAACGACCUGGUGCUUUUAUUUUUAUGGGUAUUAAUGAUGAAAAAGUAUCGGUCAAAUUACAUUCACCUGAUUAUAAUUUUAAUGAUGAUGCAAUUCCAUUCGGUGUUGCUUAUUGGAUAAAUCUUGUCCAGCAAGAACUCAAUAUUUAA